AGGAGAGUUAACUCAAAUAAAUCUAGCGCUGUUCAACCAAACUAAACCAUCGAUUCAUGGAGGAGUGCUGGUGCCGCUUUUUUUUCUGACACAUCAACUGGGAUAUGUACGCCACCGUUGACAUUUUGCGAUGUUUGAUAAAAGUAUGAGCAAUAUAGGCCUACAUGACAUGGUUGUCCUCCUAAUCUGGGCCCUCAACCCCAUGGUGGCAGCUCAGUCUGGCCUGAAGUUGACACGGACAGGAGGCAGCGUCAGAAACUUGACACAGCGGGACAUCUCAUGCCGGGAAAACCUGGAGUACCCACAUGACAAUAUCUGCUGUUUAAACUGCCUAGCUGGUACGUAUGUCAAAGCGUACUGCACACGUGCCUUGGAGAGAGGAACGUGUGAGGCCUGUGAGUUUGACACAUACACUGAACAUGGCAACGGCCUACGACAGUGCUUAAAGUGCACCACGUGUCACUCAGAUCAGGUGACUACGAAGGCAUGCACCAUCACUCAGGACAGAGAGUGCCAGUGUAAACCCGGGUCAUUCUGUGCCCCUGACCAAGCCUGUGAGGUGUGCAAAAAGUGCUUAAGAUGUGAAGAGAAUGAGGUGCGGCUGAAGAACUGCACUGCUACGUCCAACACUGUCUGUCAGACCAGACUGCCCGCACCCAGCACCAUCCCAGGUACAAGACCAGCAGGUGUUGGUGUGAUUGUGGUGGGAGUACUGGGUAUCACUGCUGCAAUUGCUGCUGUCUAUUUGAAGAGGCGAAAUUGCUGUAAAAGGAGAGAGUCCCAGAAUAAUCCCAGUGAGACGCUGAAGAUUGAGGUGGAUGAUCAAAACAACAGGUCAAUUGAGGAGAGGCAGAACAACCGGAGUGCUGUGCAGGAUGACACACGGCUCCGUCUUUUCCUGGAGCUGACCCAGGAGGUGGGCGCCAACGCCUCCUCAGCCGAUGAGGACAAUGGACUGGGCGACAGCCUCCACAACACCACCAACUCCUCCCAGUCCAGUUUGUCUGCACUACCCUCAUCCUCCCCGCUUUCCAGCCCUUCGGCCAAGAGGCUGCCAGGCGCUGUGGCUACGGAAGAUGUCCUUCUCAGAAAACUUGCUCCUUUGAAUGGUGACGAGUCCUUGAAGAAAAGUUUUGAACUUUUUGAAGAGCUGGAUGUUUACUACCAUAACAGAUUCUUCAGGCACAUCGGACUCUGUGACAACGCUAUAAAAAGCACUGCACACCAUCAUGAAGACCGAGUCUAUGAACUGUUAAACGUAUGGUUGGAAAUGGUGGGCAUGCAAGCCGACAUAAAUGACCUAAUCAAAGCCUUACUUUAUUUGGACCAAAAGUUAUCAGCAGAAAAUAUUAUUUCUAAAGCCAUUGAAAAUGGUUAUUAUGAAUAUGCAGAAACUUAAAUUGCGUUAGGAAAGUAUAAAGACCCCUUCCCCUUUUCCACAUUUUGUUACAUUACAGGCGUAUUAUAAAAUGGAUUAAAUAAAAAAUCUUCAUCAGUUAACAAACAAUCCUGUAAUGACAAAGCGAAAACAGGUUUUUAGACAUUUUUGCAGAUUACUUAUUUGUAUAAGUAUUCAGGCCCUUGCAAUUAAGCUCAGGUACAUUCUGUUUCCAUUGAU